CGAAAACGAGGCUUGGGCCUUUUCCGGUAGCCUUCGGUACCUCAAAAAUGACGAAAGGUACAUCAAGUUUUGGAAAGCGUCACAACAAGACACACACUCUGUGUCGUCGCUGUGGGCGCAGCAGCUAUCAUAUCCAGAAGAAAACAUGUGCACAGUGUGGCUACCCCGCUGCUAAAACCAGGCACUACAACUGGAGUGUCAAGGGAAAGAGGAGGAAGACAACUGGCACUGGCCGUAUGCGACACCUCAAGAUCGUACACAGACGAUUCAGAAAUGGUUUCCGGGAGGGAACAGAGCCCAAGCCACGCAAAGCGGCUGUAGCUGCCAAGUAAAUUAAUCAAUUUUGAUGUAAAAAUAAGAACUGAAAAAAAUAUUGUACAGACAA